AUGGGUUUGUGGUUACUCGGAAUUAGUGCUGCUGUUGGUACUGUUUUCAUUUUAACAAUGCGGUGGUUAACUCAGAGAAAAACGGUACUCUGCAAUUGUUUGUCCCCUGUUGGCCAACAUGCAGUCAUCACUGGUGCUAGUUCCGGUAUUGGUCGCGCAACUGCAUUUGAAUUGGCCAAAAGAAAUUGGAAACUAACGUUAGGUUGCAGAAAUAUGAACUCUGCCAUUAAGGUUAAAGAAGAAAUUACAUCUCUCACUGGUAAUCAUAACAUUUCUGUUAGACUUUUGGACUUGGAGAAUCCACAAACGAUUAAGGAGUUUGUACAAUUUUUACCUUUACCUGUUCAUGUUUUGAUCAAUAACGCCGGUGCAUUUUCUAAGAUUCUUCGUCCUUCUAUAUAUUACCAAGAUAUCAAUGUUACUUUGGCUACUAAUUAUGUUGGACAUUUUUUCCUGACUUCACUACUUUUACCUUACCUCCGAAAAUCAUAUCAUGAAACAUCUAUUUAUCCUCGUGUGAUUGUUGUAAGCUCCUCUUUAUCAAAAAACGGAACGUUCUCGACAGAAGAUUUAUUUCAACCGUACAAUACUACAUCAGAUUUAAAUUCCAAUAAAGCUUAUUCUGAUUCUAAGCUGGCUUGCAAUUUAUUUUCACGCGAACUUCAUCAGAGGUAUGGUUCAGGUGAUAAUAAAAUACUUGAUGUUUAUUGUUUAUUUACCGGAGGGAUGGUAAAUACUAAUUUAUUUCGAGAUACUUUGAUAAAAUAUUCACCACUCACUCGGCGUUUCAUCCGUGUUUUAAUGCAACUACUCUUGAAAUCUCCUUCAGAGGGUUGCCAAACGGUUGUUCAUUGUGCAGUUAGUGAUCAAGUUCCUAUUCAUCAUAAUAAUUAUGCUCAAUCUAUUUUAACUGAGACAUCUGGUAGCGGUAUGCUAUAUAACAAUUGUACACCUAUUGAUUGGCCUGAUAAUUCACUCGAUCUUCAUCUAGCUAGUCAACUUUGGGAUUAUACAACAGAGUUCUUAAAACUAUCAGUCAAUAAUAAUGCAUAAAUCACUCACUUCUAUGUACAAUUAUGUAUUUAUCUGUACUAUAUACAAUGAGCUCAUAAAACUCCAAUUAGCUAAUUAUCACUUAGCAUUUACGAUGAACAAAAGCAAACUACAGAAUGACAUCCG